AUGCCCCCCAAGGCCGCCGACAAGAAGCCCGCCUCCAAGGCUCCCGCCACUGCCUCCAAGGCUCCCGAGAAGAAGGAUGCUGGCAAGAAGACCGCUGCCUCUGGCGACAAGAAGAAGCGCACCAAGACCCGCAAGGAGACGUACAGCUCUUACAUUUACAAGGUCCUCAAGCAGGUCCAUCCCGACACCGGUAUUUCCAACCGUGCCAUGUCUAUCCUGAACUCAUUUGUCAACGAUAUUUUCGAGCGCGUUGCCACUGAGGCUUCUAAGCUUGCUGCCUACAACAAGAAGUCCACCAUCUCCUCCCGCGAAAUUCAGACUUCUGUCCGUCUGAUCCUGCCCGGUGAGCUGGCCAAGCACGCCGUCUCUGAGGGUACCAAGGCCGUCACCAAGUUCAUCUCUUCCACAAAAUAA